ACAUUCGCGACGACCAAGAUGGUCAAGGACACAGCAUACUAUGACGCGCUAGAAGUNGCCCCCACUGCCACCGAAGUCGAGAUCAAGAAGGCAUACCGCAAACUCGCCAUCCGCCUGCAUCCCGACAAGAACCCCGGCGACGAGACGGCCAGUGCCAAGUUCCAGGAAAUCGGCGAGGCUUAUCAAGUGCUCAGCGACGAGAAACUACGCAAGCAAUAUGACGACUACGGCAAAGAGGGCGCAAUGCCCAACACAGGCUUUGGUACGAGGCCCGACACAGAUCAUGAGAUCGGCGAGAUCUCUAUGGUUCGCGACAUGGAAAAGUCUAUGGAAAUCACCAUGCGUCACGAGGAAGAAAACGCUGCCGCCGAAGCAGAGGCCGAGGCUGCAGCCGCUACUGUCGAUGAAAAGAAAGCAAGCAUGGACAAGACCAUUCACGAAUCCGCCGCUCAGUCCCACGCCGGUGCCGCCUCCGAUCUGAANGAUGGUAUGGCGAAGAUGAACCUCGCCGAAGAAGAGCCCGCACCGCCCGCCUACUCUCAGGAAAGACCAAAGGGUGUACCCACACGUCUUGCCCUCACCGACCGUGCCGAGGAAGAGGCUCGUAUGGAAGCCGCCGGCGUCACCGAAGCAGAGAAGAGCCUGCGUGCAAAGGAGAAGAAGAAGGGUGGUUUGACCAAAGAGCAAAAGGAGGAAUUGGCUGCCUUUGAGGCCGAGCGGGAGCGUGCUCGUGAGGAGCGUAUCGAGGACUUGUCCAAGAAGCUUAUCAACCGCGUCAGUGUGUGGACCGAGACCGACAAGGGCAAGGACGUCACCACCUCGUUCCGCAAGAAGAUGGAGCAAGAAGUCGAGAACCUCAAGAUGGAGUCAUUCGGCCUGGAGAUUCUACACGCCAUUGGUCAGACCUACACACAAAAAGCCGCCACUUUCAUUAAGAGUCAAAAACCCAUCAUUGGUGGUGUCACCGGCUUCUUCUCACGCCUGAAGGACAAGGGUACGCUCGUCAAGGAGACCUGGGGAACCGUCAGCACCGCUAUCAGCGCGCAGAUGGAAAUAGAAGAGAUGGCUCGGGCAGAAGAGCGUGGAGGUGACGACUGGACCGACGAGAAGAAGGCUGACUUUGAGCGUCGCGUGACGGGCAAGAUCCUAGCCGCAGCAUGGCGAGGCUCCAAGUUCGAGAUCCAGAGCGUGCUUCGCGACGUCUGUGACAAGGUGCUUUACGACAAGACCGUCAAGGUCGACAAGCGGGUUGAGCGUGCCCACGCUUUGCUCGUCAUUGGAGAUGUCUUUGCCAAAGCUGCACGCAGCGCCGACGAAGAAGGCGACCAUCUCGCCUUUGAACAACUCAUGGCCGAGGCUGCUCAGAAGAAGGAGAAAAAGAAGAAGGACAAGGAGCCCAAAGAACCCAAAGAAGCAAAGGAACCCAAGGCUUAG